AUGCCUGUAGUUGUAUUACCAACUAUCCCAGGACACGCUAACCCUGAGCCCGGUCUGGGUAGUAAUGCGUCAGGACAGCAGUCUGCUGCAGCAAGCGAAACCGUGUAUCACAUUGUGAUCUACUUCCCGCCACACGAUCCGCUUACCUUGAACGGCGUAUGGCGAGUGAACUGCACCAAGAUCCUGUCCUCUUCGUCCAGGAAAGUUUUCCGCGGCAUCGGAGCUAUCACGCUAAUUUGA